AGCAGGUCAGCUGUGUUAGUCUGAACAGAGAGGUUCAGCUGUCGGAUCCCAAUAUAGCCGGGUAUUAAUAGAGUGAGGUCUGUGAUGGACCUCACCGCCCGUCCUGACGGCACUGAGCAAGACUUCUGUCAGAGAUCAGCAUGGAGGACUUUCAGCAGUUUGAGCAGGACUUCUACCAGACAGGGUAUUACAUUGACGACCAGGGCAGCACGGUGAAGUACUACAACCCCAGUGCGUACGAUCAACACAAAGAGUCUGCACUGCAGAGCGGAUUCGACGAUCCUGAUCCAGAUGUUCUGGGAUCCUUCAUGGAGCAGCAGUACAGCGGGCAGAUCUACUCUCCACAGACGUCCAGCAGCUCCGGAAUGAAAACCUCUGAAGAAGAAGAAGAACCUCCGCUGCUUGUUGAGCUUGGAGUGGACUUUGAUCACAUGUGGCAGAAGACGCUCACGGUGUUGAACCCCUUCAUGCCUGCAGACGGGAGCAUCAUGAACGAGACAGAUCUGACGGGGCCCAUCCUCUUCUGCGUCGCUCUGGGCUGCGCUCUAAUGAUGGCGGGAAAAGUCCACUUUGGCUUCGUUUAUGGCAUCAGUGCCACCGGCUGCGUUGGGAUGUUCGUCCUCCUGAGCCUCAUGAGCUCCCUGGCCGUGUCCCACGGCUGUGUGGCCAGCGUCCUGGGCUACUGCCUCCUGCCCAUCGUCGGUCUCUCUGUGUUCGCCGUCUUCCACUCUUUGCAAGGCAUCCUUGGAAUAGUUCUGGCCGUGCUGGCCGUCUGUUGGUGCAGCUUCUCUGCCUCAAAGAUCUUCAUCUCCACCCUGCAGAUGCAGGACCAGCAGCUGUUGGUGUUUUACCCGUGCUCUCUGCUGUACGGACUCUUCACUCUGCUCACCGUCUUUUGAACCAGAACCCAGACGAACCUCAACGAUUCCUGUCAGAUGAUCCUCAAAGAAGUUGUAUUGCAAAAAAUGGGUCUGAACUUAUACUGUAUUUAAAAUAUACAAUUUUUAUUUUUAAUGUUACCAUGUAUUAUGAAUGUUUGGGAAUUUUUUUCUACAGACCUUUGCUCUAAAUGCUUCUUUUCGAAGUCCGUAACCUAUUUGUGAUGCGAUGAGACAUGAACAAAAAAAUGCAGAGAAAGUAAACAAAAGUCCUCCGUUUUGCUGAUGACAUGUUUUUCUUUAAGCAAA